AUGAAUCCCGAAUACGAUUAUUUGUUCAAGCUUCUUCUCAUUGGAGAUUCUGGAGUUGGAAAGUCGUGUUUGUUGCUCCGUUUCGCCGACGACACGUACACCGAAUCAUACAUCUCAACCAUUGGCGUGGAUUUCAAGAUUCGUACAAUUGAGCUUGACGGAAAAACUAUUAAGCUUCAAAUUUGGGAUACUGCUGGACAAGAGCGCUUCCGUACUAUCACAUCCAGCUACUACAGAGGGGCUCACGGAAUUAUCGUCGUUUACGACAUCACUGAUCAGGAGACAUUUAAUAAUGUCAAGCAAUGGCUUCAAGAAAUCGAUAGGUAUGCAUGCGAAAAUGUGAAUAAGCUUUUGGUGGGAAAUAAGUGUGAUUUGACCGCUAAGCGUGCUGUCGAGACUCAGGCAGCUCAGGACUAUGCUGGGCAACUCGGAAUUCCAUUCCUUGAGACAUCGGCUAAGUCAUCAACUAAUGUCGAGCAAGCAUUCUUGACCAUGGCGUCCGAGAUCAAAUCGAGAAUGGGACCAGUUCAAGGCGCUGGUGGAGCUUUAGGUGUUCGUAUUACGGGAUCGCAGCCAGUGCAAGACAAGAAGAGCGGCGGAUGCUGUUAA